GAUAAAACAGAAAUUUGCUAACUCAUAUAUAAAGUGAACCGCAGCCUCUUUUAGGCAAAAAAAAACCUAACCUAAAACAUUCACAAAACUCACGAAAAACCCAAAAUCCUUUUUUGUUUCAAUCCUUGUCUUUAUUGGUGUUUGAGUUCUACUGUUAUUGGGGAUUAUUCGAUGCUUCUACUGUUCGUUAUUGGAUUUUCUUCAUUUAAUCUUAAAUGCCCUGUUUCUCCCUUUUUGUAUCUUCCUAUUUCAUGUCUUAUAUUGAUGCAGCAUCAAGGGUUUCAAAGCAAUCCUUGAAUUUUCAUAACUUCACCGUAAAGUUGUUAACUUUAGCUUAUAUUAUUCAGAAAUCAACAAUCAGUUCCGGCACUGCUGUUUUCUGCACAACAUGAGUGAUUCUAAGAUAUUUUUAUUUGGUUCAUUUACUGAAGAUGAAACAAAGUCAUUGCUGAACCAGCCAUCUGGUUGUGAUGGGAAUAAGCACGUGGAAGAAAAGGUGCCAGUUAAUUCCUCAGAAUCGGAGCCUGGUUUUUCUUUUGGAAGUUUCGGUGCUGUAUCCAAUUCUCAACCCGCUUCUUCAAAAGAGAGAGUAGGCUCAGAUUCCUCUACUACUCUCAAAGAGGAGAAAGCUGGAGCAGAUAACUUGCUCAGAGAAAUCAAUCAGAAUGGAGAUGUCCACAAUGAUUACUACAUCAAUGGACAUGAAGAAUCUGCAAUGGCACACAAUAUUGACUUGAGCAAUUUAUGUGUGUUGGAAGAUGAGGCUAAAGCCAUCAACAAGUUGUCUAGAACUACUGGACGAGAUGAUGAUGCACUACUCAGUAAAGGAAAAUUGAAUGGGACCACUAGCAAUUCAGCAAAAAUUUUACAUUCAGAAGAGGCCCUCCCAGAGGUAUCUAGUGGUCCUCUUGAUGUUGCGGGCUUGCUACCUCGUGGUUUAAUCAACCCAGGGAACUUAUGCUUCCUUAAUGCUACAUUACAAGCUCUUUUGUCCUGUUCUCCUUUUGUUGAGCUUUUGCUAAAGCUAAGGAUACUCAGUAUUUCCAAGGCUGAGUAUCCAACAUUAGCUGCAUUUGUGGGGUUUCUUUCUCAGUUUGUUGUACCUAGUCCUACAAGUUCAAUGAAGAAAGAUGCAACCAGUGUUGAAGUUGGUACUCCCUUCAGCCCAGCAAUGUUUGACGCAGUUCUGAAGAAAUUUACUCCUGAUGUGCCUAAGUCCAUUUCUGGCAGACCAAGACAAGAAGAUGCACAGGAGUUCCUGAGUUUUGUAAUGGAUCAGAUGCAUGGUGAAUUACUAAAGCUUGAAGGGCAAUCAUGUUCAAGUGGGAAAAAUUCUUCUGUUGUUUCAUCGGAAGACGAUGAGGAAUGGGAAACUGUUGGGCCAAAGAACAAAUCUGCAGUCACAAGAACUCAGGACUUCGUUCCUUCAAAUUUGAGUGCCAUUUUUGGGGGGCAGUUGAAGAGCCUUGUUAAAGCGAGAGGGAACAAAGCCUCUGCGACAGUUCAACCAUUUUUGGUGGUCCAUCUUGACAUUUCACACGAAGCUGUUCAUAACAUUCAAGAUGCUCUCCGCCUAUUUUCUGCCCCCGAGACACUUGAGGGAUAUAGAACUGCCGCAGGAAAGGUUGGAGUGUCUACUGCUAGGAAAUCCAUAAGCAUACAGACACUGCCUAAGAUGAUGAUUUUGCACCUGAAGCGGUUUGGUUAUGGAAGCUAUGGAAGUACCAAAUUGCUUAAACCGGUGCAUUUUCCUCUGGAACUAGUGAUAAGCCGUGAUUUGCUUGCUUCUUCGACUACUGAGGGUCGACAAUAUCAACUUGUGUCCACAAUCACCCACCACGGUAGGGAAGCUUCUAAGGGGCAUUACACUGCUGAUUGUCGUCACCAGAGUGGGAAGUGGUUGCGGUUUGAUGAUGCCUCUGUUACUGCUGUCACCACCAACAGAGUGCUGCAUGAUCAAGCUUACGUUCUAUUCUAUAAACAAGUAUAGGCAACCUGUUUAUGGAGCUGGGAUAGAAGUAGACAUUCUUAAGCCAUUGGACAUUGCAACAACCGGCUUCUGCAGUGUGGUGCAGUCCAGGGUUGUCUGAGAUAACUACUGUGUUUCUUCUUACAAGGUCAUCAGGGAAAUGGAGCAUCCAUUAUCAUCCAUGUAUUGUGUUAAAUGUAUGGAAUUUUGUUACCAGUUUCAUUUUGUACCCUCUCAUCAUUGUACUAGGAAAAUUUGACUAUUCUGAAGUGAGCGUCGAGGUCUAGAUGUUUCUUGAUGUUCGAUAAUCGAUAUAUGAGUCUGUAUCCUCUCUUCAGUUAUAUGAUAUAGAAGCAUUUGCUUAUUGAUAGAUUA